GAGAUACAGACGGAAAGAGAAGCAUUCAGAGCUUCAGGCGCCUGCAGAGAAGAUGGAGAUGAAGAUGAGCUGUGUGUGUUUGGUGCUGGGGCUGGUCCUGCUGAUGACCGUCUCCUCAGAUGCAACUGAAGCCACUGGCCAUCCUGUUCAGUGCUGUUUCAACUUCGUCCGUUUUCAAAUUCCAGAAGACAAUAUCAUAAAAGUUGAAAAAACAUAUUCCAGCUGCCCAAAGCCCGGCUAUGUGGUUACAACGAAGAAGAACAAGUUCUGCAUGGAGGAAAUAAUCCUGAAGAAAAACUAGAUUUCAGAGCCGCAGCUUCAACACAGCCCUGACGCAGCAAACAUAGCAGCUAAAAGCUUUACACACCCCUUUAAUCAUCACAGGAUUUAUUAAUCAGCGCUUUGGUUUUUUACUCAGUUUAGCUAUUUAAUAUUUUAUCAGCUUUUUUAUCAUGUUUAUCAUGUGUGGAAAUCAAACAAUGUAUUACAAAAAUCUCUGCAGAGAAAAGUAACAGUAAUAAAGACAAAUUGGAUUUCAGUGUUGCAGCUUCUAUACAAUACACAAUGUAUUGCUUCUAUGAAAUAUGUUUAAUGUUUGUGUUACACUGUGAUUCAAAAUAAAAACUAAAA